AGUCGCACUUUUUCAUCUAUCCUAUUGUUGUUGCCACUUUUUUCAUCUUUUUAUUCAAACACACAGAAGACUUCCAUAUUCGAAAAUCAAACAAGCAUUUGCGGGAUCUUUGCACACAAAACCCCUACCACUUCACACACCUUUCACAUUUCAUCACACACAUCUCCACACCAACUGCACUCCAGCAAAGGUUAUAGAGCAAGUUGAUGUGAUGUUGCCUGUAAUGUACACAGAUUGCAACGACGUCGUUGACGAGGAGGAGAAAUCACGACGGAGCAAAAGCAGGUUCACUAGUAAGCCUUCGUGGCUCCUGCUUUCGAUUUCUGACAUGGAAGAUAAAAUACAAGCGCUUAACGGGGAAUACAAGCCGGACACAUUUGGGGAACGUGCAGACUUCUACUAUAGAAAACGCCCUCAACUUGUGGCCUUACUUCAAGACCUUUACAACCGUUACCUUUAUUUAGCAGAUCGUUACACUCGUACACUCUCUAAACAGCAACAAACUCAACAAAAUGUACACGGACAAGAACAAAUAUGUUACAUGAACUCCUUAGAUCAUACCGAAACUCCACUUUCUUGCCAAUCACCACUCCAUCCGCUAGAACCUGAUACCGCGGUGUUUGUGAUAUCAGAGCUUGUUAUGAAGUUUGUUGACUACCAUAUCGUGGUGGAUGAGCUACAAAGUUUGGAUAUGAUACAGGAAGAGUCGAAGAAGAAGAUAGAGAUACAGAAAAGUCUACUAGAGGUGUUAGAAUCAGAGCGUGUGGUUCUAAGUAACGAAAACAGUAGGCUAGCUUCAGAGUCAUUGUUCAUGAAACGUAAGGCGGGCGAGCUCGCAAGAUGCGUGUUACUUGAACGAACAGAAGACGAGCGCGUGUUCGCCCUGAGUCGUAAAAUCGACGAACUUCAAGGGCAGAUACACACGUUAAAGAAACAGAACAAAGAAUAUUAUGACAAGUUGAUGAAACACCAAAUGGAAGUAAACAAGAAUGAAGGAAAGAAGAAUAAUAUAGAUAUAAACAUAAAAAAGUUGAUGGUCAAAAACGGCAGCUGCAGUGACGGUGGUGGUGGUGGGGAGAGCAGUGGUAGUAGUAGUGUUGGGUGGAGUUGUGAAGAUGAAACAGGUUGUUCUGUGAGUAGUACAAGCAGCACAUGUACAAGUUUAAGUCAGGUGAUCAAGGGUGGGAAGAAAAAGAAGAAACAAUAUCCACGUGGCAGUGAUGGUGAGAAGGGGUAUGGGUUGUGGGACCGGGUGAAGAAGUUUGAAAUGCUCAUGUGUGGACAUCAUCUUGAUGCUGCAUGCUGAUUGAUUUGUGUAGAGGUGCUCAAACUAGUUUAGUUUUGGUCAACGGAAGUCAAAACCAGUUUCAAUGGAGGGGUUCUCCGAUAUCCAACGAGUGGUUCGGUCCGGUUCCUAAUUGGUUUUAAUGCCGGUUCAGGCCUCAGGGUUACAAAGUGCAACCAUCAACCAUCGUCUCGCCUAUAGCGUUAGCCUGUCUACCACCUUCUUCUAGAGAUAAGAUCGAGAUUGGUGCUGUCCCGGUACCGAAAAUGCCGAUACCCAAUUUAUGGAAAAGUGGGUACUUAUUACUGUACUGAAUCUAUCUGUACGAUACCGGUACUCGUUAUAAAAUGCUCAUCUCUAUAUG